UAGAAAAGUCGAGUGAAAAGGGCUCCAUUUUGUGUGUCUUUCUCAGUCUGUGUUUUCAAGAGGCAGCAAGCAGCAAGACAAUCUCCGAAGAAAAUAUAAAAACACGAACGACAGACAGCCUGAAGCCAGAAUGAGUGGCUGUCGCAUUUUUAUUGGCCGGUUGAACCCCUCCGCCAGAGAGAAGGACGUUGAGAGAUUCUUCAAAGGAUACGGACGCAUCCGAGACAUCGACCUCAAAAGGGGAUUUGGCUUUGUGGAGUUUGACGAUCCCAGGGAUGCUGAGGAUGCGGUUUACGAGCUGGACGGCAAGGAGCUCUGCAAUGAGAGGGUGACCAUUGAGCAUGCUCGCGUGCGCCUGCGUGGCGGCCGUGGGCGUGGAGGUGAUAGAGGAGGUGGUGGUGGAGGAGGAGGAGGUCGCUUCCCGGAUCGUUACGGCAGAGGCUCUCAGGAUAGUCGGAGGACAAACCAACCAAAUGGACAGCCGACAAAUAGGAACCCCCCUCCGAUGCGUACAGAAAACCGUCUCAUUGUGGAGAACCUCUCAUCCCGUGUCAGCUGGCAGGACCUGAAAGAUUUCAUGAGACAGGCUGGGGAGGUCACAUUCGCGGACGCCCACCGCCCGAAGCUCAACGAAGGGGUCGUUGAGUUUGCUUCUUACAGCGAUCUGAAGAAUGCCCUGGAGAAGCUGUCUGGCAAGGAGAUCAAUGGAAGGAAAAUCAAGUUGAUCGAGGCAGCUAAGAAGCGGAGUUCCAGGAGUCGUUCCCGCUCCGACAGCUCCUCCCGUUCCCGCUCCCGUUCCCGUAACCGUUCCCAGUCUCGCUCCAGGACCCCUCGUCGCUCCAGGUCCCACACUCCCAAAUCCCGUUCCCCCAAAUCACAUUCCCCUAAGCGGGAUUACAACCGCUCCCGCUCUCGUUCUCGCUCCCCCCGGUCUCACAGCGGCUCCCCGGCCCCCCGCACGGGAGGGACUGUCCCCGCCUCCCCAUCCCCCAGGGCCAAGGAGAAUUCCGCCAAACGUCCCUCCAAGCCCAGCAAGUCUGUCUCUCCCCACUCCCCUCCCCCUGCACAGCGUGCGCCCUCUAGGUCCAGAUCUAGAUCUCGUGGGUCCCGCUCCCCGUCCGCGGACAGCCGCCACUGAGCUGUGAACACCCUCCCCACGCAAUCACAUAAGACAGACACUAACCCACCUGUUUUAGUAAAAUCAUGUAGGCAGGUCCCAGAACUACUUGACCCCGUAGUACUGGGUGCCUGUAUUUUCCCUAAAUGUUGCCUCUACUGACUCAAACCCCUCCCCUCGACCCAUCCCUGUCUGUCACGGCUGACCUUUUGAUCUGUUACUGUAUGGUGUGUUUAAAGCAUCCCCCGCUCCAGGAACACGAGGGCUUCGUUUAAGUUCUAGUAUUUAGAUCUUUGGGCGGGUCAGACCUUGGUUUUGGUUUUAGUCAGAGUUUUUGUACUUGAAAUGAUAAUGAAUGAUAAAAAUAAAAAAAAAACUCUUCAAAUCUUGAACGAUUCCCCUCUACCUGCUGUUAGUUGGCAGCUCUGAUAUCAUGAUUUGUUGAUUCCAAUUCCUGUUGCAUGAUGGGUAUGAAUGUGAUUAAUUGAGGUUUUGGGUCAACCUCUUCAGAGCUCAGUGUAGGGUUUGUCUAUGUAACUGUUAGGGUUUGUUUUAUGCUGUGAUUUAUUUUUAUAGAAUGAAACUUUUUCGGGGUUUGGUUCGUGUUUUUUUUUUGUGUGGGGGGGCGGGAUGUAAGCUGUUUUAUCCUCAGUUAAGACACCAUGUGAAAACAUUGUUGUACAUGCUGUGUUAUAUUUUUUUAACCCAUUUGUAUUAAAUGUUUAAACAGUGGUUGUAUCUGUAUUUCUUUUGGGUUUCUGUAAAGCAUUAUAUACUUUUCCUAUUUACAAUUUAUUGUAAAGAUGGUACUGUUGUAAAGAAGUCUGAACAUAACCUCCUUGACAAAUAAAACCUUUUGUACGCUCUACAAAAAGUGAUAUCACCCCCCCACCCCCUUGCUAGUGUUUGAUAUUAGGGUUAUAUUUGUAUUUUAAUGAACAUGGUUGAAAGCAAAUUACCAAUGAAACACGUUUUUAAAUGAACCUUAAAGAAAAUACACUUUGUGUAUGUCGGAACUUGAAUAAAGUUACUUAAAUGGAA